ACUAAAGUCAUCAACUCUUAACCUCUAAAGGGGUUCUUUCUUAAAUCAUUCCCCUUCUGCUUCUGUUCAUAAACGAGAUUUUUGACAUCAUUGGCCGGAAGUAGUAAAUUUUCCGGCGGAAAAUGAGAGAUCACGGCAGCCACCCCAUAAGGGGUGGACUGGUUGUAUUGUGCUUAGUAGUAGUGUCAAGCAUUAUGGGAGCCUCAGGGGAUCCCUACAUUUAUUCUUCACCACCUCCUCCGUAUGAGUAUAAGUCUCCACCGCCACCUUCGCCUUCGCCACCACCUCCUUAUGUGUAUAAAUCCCCACCACCUCCGGUGCAUUCUCCUCCACCACCCCCAAUGCAUUCUCCUCCACCACCGUAUGAGUACAAAUCACCACCACCCCCGGUGCACUCACCACCUCCUCCGUAUGAGUAUAAAUCACCACCACCCCCGGUGCAUUCUCCUCCUCCGCCCUAUGAGUACAAGUCACCACCACCUCCGGUGCACUCACCACCUCCUCCAUAUGAGUACAAAUCACCACCACCUCCGGUGCAUUCUCCACCUCCACCAUAUGAGUAUAAAUCACCACCACCACCUUCACCAUCCCCACCACCACCAUAUGUGUACAAGUCUCCACCACCACCCGUCAAAUCCCCACCUCCACCAUACCACUACUCAUCACCACCACCACCCGUAAAAUCCCCACCUCCACCAUACCACUACUCCUCCCCACCACCACCUGUAAAAUCACCUCCUCCACCUUAUCAUUACUCAUCUCCACCACCACCAGUCAAAUCCCCACCACCACCAUACCACUACUCAUCACCUCCACCACCCGUAAAAUCACCACCUCCACCAUACUACUACAAGUCCCCACCACCUCCAGUUAAAUCCCCACCACCACCAUACUACUACCAUUCUCCUCCUCCCCCAGUGAAGUCACCACCUCCACCAUACCACUACAACUCUCCUCCACCACCCAAGCAUUCUCCACCACCACCUUACUACUACAAGUCUCCACCACCCCCCGUCAAGUCACCACCCCCACCAUACUACUAUCACUCUCCACCACCCCCAAUGAAGUCACCACCCCCACCAUACUACUACAGCUCACCACCACCACCCGUCAAGUCCCCACCACCACCAUACUACUACAGUUCACCACCACCACCGGUGAAAUCCCCGCCACCCCCAUACUACUACACAUCCCCACCACCACCAGUGAAAUCUCCACCACCUCCUUACUAUCCUCACCCUCAUCAUCACUCAUACACCGUGAAGGUAGUAGGAAAGGUUUACUGUUACAGAUGCUACGACUGGAAGUACCCAAUCAAGUCCCAUGCAAAGAUGCACCUAAAAGGUGCUGUGGUUGAGGUGACAUGCAAGGCAGGAGACAAAGAUGUGGUGGCUUAUGGUAAGACAAAGAUCAAUGGUAAAUACAGCAUCACGGUUAAAGGAUUUGAGUACGGAAAGUAUGGUGGAGCCAAGGCAUGCAAAGCUAAGCUCCAUAUGGCGCCCAAGGAUUCUAAAUGUAAUAUUGCAACAAAUCUUCAUUGGGGCAUUAAGGGUGCUAAACUCAAAGUGAAAUCUAAGAGCAAAUAUGAAGUUGUUUUGUCUGCUAAGCCAUUUGCAUAUGCUCCCAAGACUCCUUACAAGAAGUGUUACAAGCCUGCACCAACACCAGCUCCGGUGACUCCGGUGACACCGCCUUAUUAUUAUAAGUCUCCACCACCGCCACCCAAGUCUCCCGCACCAACUCCUUAUUAUUACAAAUCUCCACCACCGCCAUCUAAAUCUCCGGCACCAACUCCUUACUACUACAAGUCUCCACCACCACCGCCUAAAUCUCCCACGCCAACACCUUACUACUACAAGUCUCCUCCCCCACCAACAAAAUCUCCGGUUCCAGCUCCUUAUUACUACAAAUCUCCCCCACCACCAACUAAGUCUCCCACUCCGGCUCCUUAUUACUACAAGUCCCCACCACCACCUUCACCAUCACCACCACCUCCAUACUACUACAAAUCACCACCACCACCUGUCAAGUCUCCCACUCCCGCUCCUUAUUACUACAAGUCCCCACCACCGCCGUCACCAUCUCCACCACCUCCAUACUACUACAAAUCACCACCACCACCCGUGAAAUCUCCAACUCCAACUCCUUACUACUACAAGUCUCCACCCCCACCGUCACCAUCUCCUCCCCCACCAUACUACUACAAAUCACCACCACCACCCGUGCAUUCACCUCCACCACCUUACUACUACAAAUCACCACCCCCGCCAGUGCACUCACCUCCACCACCCUACUACUACAAAUCACCACCACCUCCUUCGCCAUCUCCUCCACCACCAUAUUACUACAAGUCCCCACCUCCACCAAGUCCAUCCCCUCCACCUCCAUACCAUUACUCAUCACCUCCACCACCUGUGAAAUCCCCACCACCUCCAUAUCAUUAUUCCUCACCCCCACCACCUGUCAAAUCCCCGCCACCUCCAUAUCAUUAUUCGUCACCCCCACCACCAGUGAAAUCCCCGCCACCUCCAUAUCAUUAUUCGUCACCCCCACCACCAGUGAAAUCCCCGCCACCACCAUAUCAUUAUUCAUCACCACCACCCCCCGUCAAAUCCCCACCACCUCCUUACCAUUACUCUUCACCACCACCACCAGUAAAAUCUCCACCACCUCCAUAUCAUUAUUCAUCACCUCCACCACCAGUGAAAUCCCCACCACCUCCAUACCACUAUACGUCACCACCACCUCCAGUAAAAUCACCACCACCCCCAUAUCAUUAUUCAUCACCUCCACCACCCGUGAAGUCCCCACCACCACCAUACCACUAUUCUUCACCACCACCACCAGUAAAAUCCCCACCUCCUCCAUACCAUUACUCAUCACCUCCCCCACCUGUGAAAUCACCACCCCCUCCAUACCACUACUCUUCACCACCACCACCAGUCAAAUCCCCACCUCCUCCAUACCACUACUCUUCACCUCCACCACCGGUGAAAUCUCCACCUCCCCCAUACCACUACUCAUCUCCACCACCGCCAGUGAAAUCACCUCCACCACCGUACCACUACUCAUCUCCACCACCUCCCGUGAAAUCCCCACCUCCACCGUACCACUACUCAUCACCUCCACCACCCGUAAAAUCACCACCUCCUCCAUACCACUACUCAUCACCACCACCGCCAGUGAAGUCACCUCCUCCCCCAUACCACUACUCAUCACCACCACCACCAGAAAAAUCACCACCCCCACCAUACCACUACUCAUCUCCCCCACCCCCAGAGAAAUCUCCGCCCCCACCUUACCAUUACUCAUCCCCUCCACCACCCGUAAAAUCCCCACCUCCCCCAUACCACUACUCAUCCCCACCACCACCCGUGAAGUCUCCACCUCCCCCGUAUCACUAUUCCUCACCCCCACCGCCAGUGAAAUCACCUCCUCCCCCAUACGUCUAUUCAUCACCACCCCCACCUGUUGCAUCACCACCCCCACCAGUUUACAUUUAUGCUUCACCACCACCACCCACUCACUAUUAAGGUCCGACCGCUCAGCUAGUUCCAUCCAACAUUCAACUGCCAGCUUAAAACAGCAUAGAAUACAACAAAAUAAAAUCCCAGAACCAGAUCAUCAAGUUAAUAAGGUCGUCAACCGUGCAUUACAAAGCUUUAACCUUUUUGACACGGACCAAUUUGCAUUUACAUCAUUAGUGACACUCUUACAUUUGGGAGUUGUUUCAACUACAAAGGGUAUUUUCUAUAGAGGUUUUCCUUAUCUGGUUAAGUGAAAUUAGUAAGUGAGAUGCCUGGCAGAAGUUUGUAUGGUGUGGAACAAGGCUUUCCUGUGUAUUCUUUGUUCAUUUCAAGAGUGUUUAUUUCAUGUAAUUUAUCUGUAACAAUAUUAAUCUUUCAUUUACUUCAAAUUUAGUAA